AAGCAUGGCCCGUAAAAUCGUCGCCCUGAGCCUCCUGGCGUCGAGCGCGUCGGCGCUCGUCGCGCCGGCGGCGCCCGCCGCGUCGUCGACGGCGCUGCGCGCCGACGCCAAGGCCCUCGUCCCCGACGGCAUCCAGGCGCCGACGGGCUACUUCGAUCCCAUGGGCAUCGCGGACAAGGUCAACGACAAGACGCUGCUCUGGUUCCGGGCGGCGGAGAUCAAGCACGGCCGCGUCGCCAUGGCGGCGUUCCUCGGCUGCGUCGUCACGGGCGUCGGCGCCCACUUCCCGGGCGCCGUGGACCUGGACGGCACGUCGUUCGCGUCGCUCGCCGACGGCGACCUCUUCGCGGCGUGGGACAAGAUGCCCGCCGACGGCAAGCAGCAGAUCGUCGCGGCCAUCGGCGGCAUCGAGUCCGUCUUCGAGGCGCAGAAGCCCCACUACCUCCAGGGCGGCACGCCGGGCAAGGUCCGCCUCACGGGCACGACGGCCGGCGUCCUCGAGGCCAAGUACGACGCGGAGAAGCUCGCGUCCAUGCGCAACAGCGAGAUCGCCAACGGCCGCCUCGCCAUGCUCGCCAUGGCCGCCUUCGUCGCCGCCGAGGUCAUCCCGGGCUCCGUGCCCGCGUUGACGAACCUCGGCUUCGCGGGCACGUACGCCGGCGGCCUCCCCUUCGCGCCCUUCUAGGGCGCGGCCGCCGCCCCCCGGGGGCGCCGGCGGGCGCCCGCGGACAUAAAAAAAGACGUCGAACGG